UGUUCUCAUGGCUUCCUGCUUGCUACAGGCAUAAUUAUGAGGAAGGAGAACUUCUUCAGAAGCAAGUGCACACGCAUUGCAAAGUAAGAGCAAACUCCCUCUAAACACAAGAAAAGCUCUGAGGCUUUAAUGAAGGGGUUAAACCCGAUCCAGAAGCGCUUUUGUGGCCACUGAUUGCUCAGGCGUGUGCGUCACUGCCUGAGUGUGAGGAAAGAGCGGUUCAGGCUUUAGACAUGUGUAUACGCAAAAAACAGCUGCAGGUUGAGUUUAAAAUACCCCCGAGUCUCCAGAGAAAAGACCCAAGUCCACAAAACACGGAUUUCAGGGCUGCCAAGAAAGAUGAGCAGCCGCAGAGCUAAAGAGAAGAGCCAGUUAGCCCGCAGAAUGCUGCCGCCCCUCUGCCUGCUGCUGCUGCUGCUGCUGCUCUCAAGGGCCACCGCUGCCCUUCCCCUGGUGGGCGGCCUCGCUGGCCACGACAGCGGGCAUAUACAGGAAAUGGCAGAAAUAAAGAAGAACAGCCUAUUGACUUUCCUUGCUUGGUUGUACGAGUGGACCUCCCAGGACAGUGCAGUGCCAUUUAUAGGAGGGGAAGCCAGAGGGGUGUCCAGACGGCAGGAAGUCCCGCCCCUUCAACAGUCCACGCCCCAAGAUAAAACGCCCUGCAAGAAUUUCUUCUGGAAGACCUUCUCCUCCUGCAAAUAAAACACUACCUGUGAUUACUCAUGGGAAGAAGCGUAGCGAUGGAUCUGAAUAAAAUGUAUUAAGCAGC